UGUGGCCUACCUGUCUAUCUCACCGUGUGUCGUUUUUUGUCGCUCAAGAGGAUCAAUCCCGAAAUCGGGCUCAAAUUGGUCCAAAAUCGGGAUCCCGUCCAUUGACGCAUAGUUGAGUAAGUGAGUGAACGAGUGACUGACUGAGUUGGCGUGGGUCUCAAGGGCAGCCUAAAAUCAGCCCGGUGAAAGGAACCUGAGAAAGAUCAGGGCGUGACCAUGUUCCGUAGUACCAUGUCCACGUUCGAUCGGUUGUUGGAGAAAUCCACGUCGCAUCUGCUCUUAGAACCGGAUUGGACCUCGAUCCUAGCCUUGUGCGACAGCAUCCGAGGAGGGGACACGCCCCCCAAGUAUGCAGUGUCGGCCAUCAAGAAGAAGUUUUACCAUGACAACCCGCACGUCCAAUACUUUGCCCUCCAGGUUAUGGAAUCUUGUGUCAAAAAUUGUGGAGCUUUGAUUCACGACGAGAUUGCCACCCGGCAAUUCAUGGAGGAACUUCGUGAGAUUGUCAAGCGAACCAACGAUGAGAACAUCAAAAAGAAGGUCCUCGAGAUGAUCCAGCAUUGGGGCAUGGCGUUCCGGAACUCUCCCAAAUAUCGCAUUGUCACGGACACCCUGAACCUCAUGAAGGCCGAAGGCUGGGAGUUCCCUCCUGUUCGCGAGGCUGAAGCAAUGUUCGAGGCUGACGUGGCACCCGAAUGGGCUGAAGGCGAGGUCUGUCAUCGAUGUCGGACUCAGUUCGGGUUAGUGACUCGUCAGCACCAUUGUCGAGCGUGCGGACAGGUCUUUUGCGGCAAGUGCUCCUCCAAGUUUUGCGUCUUACCCAAAUUUGGCAUUGAGAAAGAGGUUCGAGUGUGCGACUCCUGUUUUGACCAGUUUGGUCCCAAAGAGACGACUUCGGCUAAAUCUUCUCCGGUUAAGUCCCAGAGGAAAGAGCGGAAAUCGUCUAUGGACGCCAAUCUUCCAGCCGAAUAUCUAUCCUCGUCCUUGGCACAACAGCCCCAAAACCCUCCAGUCAAGAAGGAAGGGAAAUCCGAGGAAGAGAUCAAAGAGGAAGAGGAGCUUCAACUGGCCAUAGCACUUUCGGAAUCCGAGGCCGAGGCCAAAGCUAAAGCGAAACAAAACACGCAGAGGUUGAUCGAUCCCGACACUUAUGCCGGAACAAGCAAAAAACCUACGGAGACGAAAGAACCGGGAAGAAACGAAGAAGAGAUCAGCCCGGAGCUGAUGCGAUACUUGAACAGAGAUUAUUGGGAGCAAAAAGAAACGGAGCGGAGUCAACCCGCCCCUGCGGUUACUCCGGAAGUGGAUCCCAGUCCCGUGAAAUCCGCGGCUCAAGUGGUGGGAGCCUCGCCCACGGUUCAAAUGCAGCCGAAAAUGGUCAACUCCUUGCCUGUGUUGGGGGGAGCUCCGGAGACCAGAUCUGAUGAGGAAAUGAAUGAGUUUGUCACCACUCUCAAGACCCAAGUGGAGAUCUUUGUGAAUCGAAUGAAAUCAAACUCGAGUCGAGGUCGAAGCAUCGCCAACGAUUCGUCCGUGCAAACCCUCUUCAUGAACAUGAUGGCCAUGCACUCGCAGCUCUUGAAGCACAUCCAAGAUCAGGAGGACAAACGAGUGCACUUCGAAGGCCUUCAAGACCAGCUGACCCAGAUCAAGGACGCUCGAGCCGCUUUGGACGCCCUGAGAGAGGAGGAGAAGGAGCGGAAACGCCGAGAUGCCGAAGAAGCCGAAAGAAUCAAGCAGAUCCAGAUGAGCGAGAAGUUGGAGGUGAUGCGACAACGCAAGCAAGAGUAUCUCCAAUAUCAGAGACAGAUGGCCUUACAAAGGAUGCAGGAGCAGGAACGCGAGAUGAUGAUGCGACAGGAGCAGGUCAAGCAGCAGUACGGAGUCAUGGCACCGGGAGGACAACCUCAGCCCCCUGAAAGCCAUAUGGGAUCAAUGGGAAUGCCCAUGUAUGGGGCUUACCCGGGAAUGCACGCUGGAAUGAUGCCAACGCAUCAACCCGGUUACCCGGGCGUUCACAUGGGACCUCCUCAGUCCCAAGUCGGGGGUUAUCCCGAUCCCUCCAUGAUGCCUCAUUCACAGCCUCAUUAUGGCAUGUUGAACCCAGGCGAGGUACCACCCGGAUCAACUCCAUCUGUGCCCAAUCCCGUUUCGGGAGGAGGUGCUCUGCCCCCUGCCGAAGGUUUUGCACCUCCCGUAUCGACCGCUACGGCAGGAGGAGGUGUAGCUCAUGGACAUCAACCUCCCCCAACGCCCCAAUCGGGACCCCAUAACCCUCAUCAUCAACCCCAACACGGAUCGCCGUUCAACAUGCAAGGCAUGGUAUCUGCUCUUCCGGCCUCCGGGAUCAUGAGCAAUGCCUAUGGGGCAGCCAGUUCUAUGGGACAACAUCCACACUAUCCCGGACAAGUCCCAAUGGGGGAUCCAGGUCAGGCCGUGCCACCCCAAGAGAACAAUCAUCUUCCGGGCGCGCCCACUGAGGCCGAACUCAUUUGUUUCGACUGAAACAUGAACCCGUGCACCCUUAAAUGGGUCGCCAGAUUUCAUUCACACAGUGAAAUUGAGAUCAUUUUCAAACUAAGAGAUAUAAAAACUUUGUCAUUUUUGGGUAUUCCAACCAUCUUUUUGAAUAAAUGUGUCAACUUUA